ACUAACGACGUGAUUGCUACUUGCGCUUUUGGUAUAAGUGUUGAUUCCAUGAGAAAUCCGGAGAACGAAUUCUAUGUAUACGGCAAAGAAUCGACCAAUCUUAACAGUAUUGCUUUAUUAAAGUUUUACAUAUACCGAAUCAUGCCUUGGUUGGCAGAAAUAAUUGACUUGAGACUCGUUCGUCAGAAAAUCGCAGAUUUCUUCCGAAAUCUCAUAGAAACCACUAUAAAAACCAGAGAUGAAAAUGGCAUCGUUCGUCCUGAUAUGUUACAACUGAUGAUGGAAACCAGGAAUAAGGAAGGCAAGGCAGAAUUGAGUAUCGAUGAUAUAGUAUCACAGGCAUUCAUCUUUUUCUUUGCUGGUUUCGACAGUUCUUCAACAUUAAUGUGUUUUGCCGCUCAUGAAAUUGCGAUAAAUCACGACGUACAAGAGAAACUUCAAAAGGAGAUUGACGAAGUUUUGGAAGUAACAAAUGGAGAAGCACCUUACGAAGCAAUUAACGGCAUGGAAUAUUUAGAUGCUGUGAUUAAUGAAGCUCUCCGACUGUAUCCAAUUACUGGACCAUUGAAUAGAGUAUCCGUAAAAGAUUUUGAGCUGCCGCCAGCAUUACCAGGAUUGAAACCAUUUUCUUUGAAGAAAGGACAAGACGUAUGGCUACCAGUUUAUGCACUUCAGCGUGAUCCCAAGUACUUUGAGGAGCCGGAGAAAUUUGAUCCCGAGCGGUUUCGUGGUGAACGGAAAAAGGACACACUCAACUCCGGAGCCUACUUUCCUUUUGGUCUUGGUCCUAGAAUGUGUAUAGGUAACAGAUUCGCAUUGUUGGAGAUAAAAGUCGUAUUCUUUCAUUUACUGGCCCGUUGCGAUUUGAAACCCUGCGAGAAGACGCCGAUACCACUUAAAUAUGCUAAGGAUGGCUUCAACAUGAAGGCUGAAGGUGGUUUCUGGCUGAAGGGGUUACCAAGAAAAGAUGCUCAUCACACUCUUGCAACUGAUCCUGUCAAUAGAACACGUUAAAUGUAAAAAAGUUUUAAUAAUUUUUUGUGUCUUUUUGAAAAUUUGGAAAUUGAAGAAAUUUAUAGAGAAAUA